AUGAGCUGGGCCCCGGUGGGCGCCUCCCUCUUCGCCAGCAACAUCGGCUCCGGCCACUUCGUGGGGCUGGCGGGGACGGGCGCGGCGGGCGGCAUCGCCGUGGGCGGCUUCGAGUGGAGCGUGAGUGGCCACGUAUCGCGAGAGCGCCGCCAGAUAUCGCGAGAGCGCUGCAAACAUCGCGAGAGCGCCGCCAGACAUCGCGAGAGCGCCGCCAGACAUCGCGAGAGCGCCGCGCGAAAUGCCGCGAAAUGCGGCGGGCUGACGGCGCUGAUGUUCGCGGACGUGCUGCAGACCCUCAUCAUCAUCGCGGGCGCCUCCGUGCUGGCCGGCUACGCGCUGGCCGCCGUCGGGGGGUACCAGGGCCUGCUGGAGCGCUACCCCCUGGCCCUGCCCCCCAACUCCACGGGGCCCUGCGGGCGACCCCGGCCCGACGCCUUCCACCUCCUGCGGCACCCGAGCAACGGCGACCUCCCCUGGCCGGGGCUGGUGCUGGGACUGGGAAUCAUCUCGGCCUGGUACUGGUGCACCGACCAGGUGGGACUGGGGGCACUGGUUAUACUGGGAGGGAUACUGGUCCAUACUGGUUUAUACUGGUCCGUACUGGUCCCAGAGGUCGUCGGCUGCGCUGACCCCCAGGGCUGCUCCCGGGCCUGCGGCUCCGCCCUCGGCUGCUCCAACGUGGCCUAUCCCCGGCUGGUGCUCAGCCUGCUGCCGCUCUGGGUGCUGGCCAUGGUGGCGCUGAGCCUGGCCUGGCUGCCCGUGCUGCGGGCGGCGCGGGGGGCGCAGCUCUUCGAGUACCUGCAGGCGCUCUCCUCGUACCUGGCGCCGCCCGUGGCCGCCGUCUUCUGCCUGGCCGUGUUCGUGCCCCGCGUCAACGAGCCCGGCGCCUUCUGGGGGCUGCUGGGGGGGCUGGGGCUGGGCCUGACCCGGCUGAUCCCCGAAUUCCUGCUGGGCUCCGGCUCCUGCGGCGCCCCCGGGCGCUGCCCGGCGCUGCUCUGCGGCCUGCACUACCUGCACUUCGCCUUGGGGUCGAUUUUGCCAUUUUUGGGGUCGAUCUUUGCGAAUUUUGGGUCGAUUUUGGCGAAUUUUGGGUGUUUUCCCCGAUUCCAGCUGCACAGGUUGGUGUUCAGCCUCCGGAACAGCCGCGAGCCCCGAAUCGACCUCGACGCGCCCAAGGAGCCCCAAAAUUUGGGGCUCGAACUUGGCGAUUUGGGGGCGGAGCCUGGAGCGGGGGGCGUGGCCUCGGGAGGGGGCGUGGCCUCGGGAGGGGGCGUGGCCUCGGGAGGGGGCGUGGCCUCGGCGGAAGCCCCGCCCCCCGAGGACCCCAAAUGGAGCCGAUUGGUCGAUAUCAACGCCCUGGUGCUGAUGGGCGUGGCCUCCUUCCUGUGGGGAUAUUUUGCCUAAAAAGCCCCAAAAUAAACCCAAAAAUUAACUCGAAAA